AUGGCGUUCCAGCAGGCUGGCUUGGGUCGCUGUGCCUGCGCCUUCUGGCUGGCGAUUGCCUUCGACGCGGUGGGGCUGACCGUGCUGCUGAUCGGCGUCUUCGUCAAUAUCUUCUUCUACGACUUCCUGAUCUACGCCGGCUCCAUCGUGAUCUUCAUGAGCUUGGUCUGGUGGAUCUUCUGGUACACAGGCAACAUCGAGGUGCCGCUCGACGAGCUGGAGGACGACGUGGGUCUCAAGAAGGAGGCCAAGCUGACGGGCUUCUUCAGGAGUUUCUCCAGGAGACUGUCGAGGAGUUGGAGGAGCAAGGGGGCGAGGACGCCGUCCAGCACCUUGACCAACCGGACAAACGAGGCGGUCAGCUCCGCGGACAGCAGGAUGAGAGAGGGUCCGAUUCACCUCCGUGCGGCUGACACGCCUCUGAAGACCCUCUCUGCUUCUGUGAGCUCCGAGGUGAACUUCAGCCCGUCGGACAAAGCGACAGACACAGGGAACGUGACCAUCUAG